UGUAAAAGAGAUCGUAUAUUACGAUAUUUAAAUUAACAAAAGUAAACGUUUGUAGCCAAAAGGGAAAUAAACCAAAACACGAGCCAGGAUCUAUAAUUUAUUACAAUGGAAAUUGUAAACCCAUGCUAUUCAGUGAUCUCGAACUACGAGGUAAUGGAAUCUCUGAAAACUCUUAAGGACACCAAGAAGAAAUACGGGUUGCGGAAUUUAGCUACCAUAACGUAUGAGACAUUGCAGUAUCUUGAAGACUCGCCAUGCAAACAGCAAUCCCGUGAGACAAUUCAUAGUUUCCUGACUGAAGCGAGACACCUAAGCUGUAAACUGACCACCACAGAGUGCCUGAUGAUGGUCAAUGAUCCACCCACUAGUGCAUUACACAUUCAAUUGCUAAUCGAAGACAGUGAAGAACGUUUAACCGAAGAGCAAGUCAACGAACUUCUACAAACAGUCACUAAAUACUUUCCUAACAUACCCUCUGAAAAUAGUUGAAAAUAAACAAUUUGUAUUUUUUUCUACAAAUUCUGUGCAGUUA